UAUUUGAUAAAAUCCCAAUGUAGAUAAGAUGAUCAGUGCUCCAAAUUUGAAUUCUUUAGGGGGGGAGAGAGAGAAAAUUAAAAAUGUCACACUAAUUAGGUAUAAAGUGAAUUUAUUGAACCAAAUGGCAAAUGGUUUUGGCAUCAAACUGCAACGAAGCGUACCACAUGUGGUGGGCUUUUGUUCCCCUCGACCAGCAGUUUCUUCUAGUUCUUCUCACACUUUUCCAGUUCAACUUUCAAGAGUAGCUAAGCGGGGGGUUAUUAGGUAUAGGCUCCCUCGUAGGGUUGUAUUGGGAAUUGGGGUUUCAUUUUGGUCUCAGUUGAUGAACAUGGCGGGUACUUUUGGUGCCAAAACGUUCGUAGCUUCUGCAAGACAAAAGGGCGCAAUUGAGAAGGUAUUAGAGAAUGUGGACUGGCCUGAGCAAUUCCCCUUCAAAGAGGAGGAUUUCCAGCGCUUUGCUAAUUUGUCUCAUUCAUUGUUCUAUGAAGCUCCUCGCUUUGUGACACAUAUUGAUGAUCCAGCUGUUGCUGCACUCACUAAAUAUUAGGUUUUUCCUCCCAGUGAUACUCCUGGAGUUGCUCUACUAGACAUGUGUAGCAGCUGGGUCAGUCAUUACCCUAAAGGGUAUAAGCAAGCCAGAAUAGUAGGAAUGGGCAUGAAUGAAGAAGAGCUGAAGAGAAAUCCGGUUCUCACAGAUUAUGUUGUGCAAGACUUGAAUGUUGAUCCUAAACUCCCAUUUGAAGAUGACACGUUUGAUGUUAUUACAAAUGUGGUCAGUGUUGACUACUUAACAAAGCCUAUUGAUGUUUUCAAGGAGAUGUCUAGGAUCCUUAAACCUGGUGGACUAGCUAUAAUAAGCUUCUCCAAUCGCUGCUUCUUUACAAAGGCAAUCUCGGUAUGGACUUCAACAGGAGAUUCUGAUCAUGUCGUAAUAGUUGGAGCAUAUUUCCAUUAUGCUGGAGGGUUUGAGUCUCCUAAGGCUAUGGAUAUAUCUCCUAACCCUGGACGCACAGAUCCCAUGUACAUUGUGUACUCAAGAAAAUCAGCAACUGCCUGAGAUAGGAUCACGGUGUAAACGUUCUCUUUGAACCUGGUACAUUUUUUAUUCAACUUUUUCAGUUUAUGCUGUGAAUGAGUUGUGUUGUUGUGAAUGCUUACAUUUAUGAAUCUCAGCAGUAACGAAUUUUUAUCCCUGAGUUAUAACAUAUGAGGCAACUUGAUCUGAAUGCAAAUUUGAUCUCUAAACUUGGUUGAA